GAAAGACUUAGCGGAGGGGAAAACAAGACCUUCUUUGCCUUGGGGACAACUUUGAUCGGCAACGAUGAACGGAGUGAAGACAUCGGUUUUGCGUGGUAUCGCUCGCGAGCUGCGAAAGGCAAAUCCAAAAUUGAAGCCUGUGUCGGAGACGUCGGCAUUUCUUUUUUUGAUCAAUGAAUAUCGGAUUCAUCAACUGACAGAGAAACGUACUUGUAAAAGCCCUGAAGAAUUGUAUUCUAUGGGGAAAACUUAUCUAUGUUACCUACAAUCUUUACGUAAAAAUCAAGAGUUACUUAGUCAAUAUUAUAGUAAAGGAGAGCGUUCUGUGCAAGAAACUGCAGAUCUACUGGGAUUUAGACUUCCAGAGAAUAAGGAGAUUUAAGAUAUCACACAAGAAGAGUAGAAAUGGAAAUAGACUGAUGGAAAAGGAACAAGAUUGAAAAAGUUUAGGUGAGGAAAAGAUGUAAAAUACCAAUGAUGAUGUUGUUUUCAGCCAGAAGAAGAUGAAUUUAAUCUGACUGCUAUUCCCCCU